UUUGGCUAUUAUUGAAUCGCUCCCUUUCUACCUGUAAUUUGUAUUUUGUACUCUAUAACUUUGACAUUACAAGCGCGAAUAAUUCCGCGCCGUUGGGAGCGAGCGAGAAAGUCGCGCUGCCUUUCUACGCCAUGCUGUCGUGGUUGACCUCGCGCAAGUUGGACGACGAUGCGUCCAGAUCCGCGAGUAUGAGACGUGGUUCCAAUACCGCCGAUGGUGGGUCCGUAACAACGACUAGUAGCCGGAGCACGGGCACGGAACGUCCAUCGCAUGUCCGGAGACUCGCGACGGCCUUGACGACUCCGAGCCGCCGUGCCGCAAAGAAAUCACAACGUCAACGCCGUCGCGACCAAGCCCGUGUUCCGGGAGGAGAUGACGGAACGGGAGAAAUGCAAGCGAUUUUUACUCAACCACACCUAAAUCAGCAGCAACAAUUGCACAAACUUGGUGACAGGACGAGGGUUGACGAAACACGAUCGGGUAUUGAAAUUUUGAUCGGUCCCAAGGAGUCAGCUCUGGCAGUGCCCGACCGAUCCGCGUCGCCUCAGGCUGGUCCAUCGUGCGACGAUUCCGCCCGCAAAGCCAUGGGCGACACAGGUGUCAUUUCGCUACUCGCAGAACUCACCGUCAAGAGCAGAAUCCAUUUCGCACAGUUGAAUGUGGCACGAUGGCCAGUAUCAUCCCAGUUGCUCGAGCCCGAGAAACCGUCAGUUCACGAGGAGGACAGUUCUUUACCCACUACUGGGGAGGCUGAUUGGAAAUUACGACGACACCGAGUGCCUUUAUUCGUUAAAAAAAGCAACAGCGGUACCAACACUUUGUCAUCUAAUGAUGUACUCUUUUUAUUGCGAGCUCAUGCCGUGGUAGACGAAAAGACUUCCGUCCAGGAAGAGUACCAACGCCUGUCCACAGAGAUUGGAGAGCUGGAAUACGAUCGAGCAGAACUUGAACAAAACUGCACGCGCUUGUCGCCAUUUGAAAAUGUGGACGACAACAAAAUCAAAAAGGAAGCGGAUACGCCACAGGAGGAAUGGGAUCUUCAUCGAGUGCUACAGAAUACACCACCGUCCAAGGUAUCGGUACCUUCUGAAACCGCAAGAACUUCCCUUGUAAAUCCUCUCACACAGGGGCAACGCGAAAAAGUGGAAGAACAACGUGGUCUACAUUGGACCAUUGUUCUGCAAUCUCCCGCAGCACUGGAAGCUAUGCUUGUAUCUCUGGGUAGUUCUGUGAAGAAGGCUAAGCUCGCCAAUGGCGUUUGGACCGUCAGUGCCCCGGAUCCUUCUCAGUGCUUGGUACCAUCAAUAUUUCCUCAAAAUCGUGGACACGGGAAUGCUAGCAACGCCUCGGCAAAUAUAAGUCACAUCUCCUUAUGGAAGGCGGCGCACGGCGAGGUAUCCUUUUUUAUAUCCCGUGAUUGCAUGCCCUCAACUCAUGAAGGCCCCUGGCCGGAGCGACUGAUGCGAAGGAUAACAGAAGGCGGCGUCAAAUUCCAAGGACAGCAGGAUAUAGCAUACCUAACGAUGGGGCCACGUGAAUCCUACUACGUCGCGCUACGGUCUGGCGAAUGCUGGUGGGGAUCACUGGAUCCUGACUUGGACGCGAUUUGUACGGAAUGGAAUGUCCACCGGGUUGCGUUCGGCAAUUCUACUGGCUUGGUAGACGCCGGUGGUCAAGUCCACCUACCAAAUUCCUGGAUUGUUGUCGACUGCGACGGCCGGGUCGCGUGGAAGAAUAUAUCAUCACGUUUGCACCGUAUAUUGGAAGAAAGGUUAGCGGACGCUGCAGGAGUUGUAGAGGUUUCGUUCGGACCGGGCGGAGCGUACUUUAUCCGCUUUCUGGACCAGACGUACGAUUACUUUUUGCCCGCGCACAUUGCCCAAGCUUGCCAGACGUUGGAACAAGAUGGAAAAGACAUUACCAAUAUUGUAAUGCACCCAGAACUCUACCAAGAUUUCAUCAUUCGAAGUAAGCAUGCACGUGCUGGUUCCCAUAGAUAAUGCUUUUGCUAUCCCGUUCUGGGCCGA